AUGGCUGUCUUUCGGUGCAGGGUUGUUUCUGCUCCUGGCAAGGUUUUGAUGACUGGGGGAUAUCUUAUUUUGGAGAGACCGAAUCCAGGGCUUGUUCUCAGUACAAGCGCUCGUUUCUACGCCAUUGUUAAACCUUUUCUCGAAGAAAUUAAGCUCGAUAGUUUGGCCUGGGCAUGGACAGAUGUUAAAGUGACAUCUCCUCAGCUUAAUAGAGAAAGCAUGUAUAAGUUGUCAAUGAAAAAUUUGACGCUUCAGAGUGUUUCAAGGCAAGUUUAUACUGGGGAGUCGGGGAACCCUUUUGUGGAGCAAGCAGUGCAGUACUCUGUGGCAGCUGCAUAUGCUACAACUGACAAGGACAGGAAGGAAGUGUUACAAAAACUACUAGUGCAAGGUCUUGAUAUCACCAUUUUAGGUAGCAAUGACUUUUAUUCAUAUCGGAAUCAGAUUGAAGCACGUGGACUCCCUUUGUUGCCUGAAUCAUUGGCUGCUCUUCCUCCUUUUGCAUCAAUUACUUUCAAUUCUGGGGAAUCCAGCGGAGAAAAUAGCAAGCCAGAAGUUGCAAAAACUGGAUUGGGUUCAUCUGCUGCUAUGACAUCUUCGGUGGUUGCUGCUUUGCUUCAUUACCUGGGAGUUGUUGAUCUUGCUCACGUGAAGGGCACUGCAGAUCUGGAUGUGGUGCAUAUUAUAGCUCAAACUGCUCAUUGCAUUGCACAGGGGAAAGUUGGCAGUGGAUUUGAUGUUAGCUCUGCAGUUUAUGGUAGCCAUCGUUAUGUCCGUUUUUCACCAGAAGUAAUCUCUUCUGCUCAGGUUGCCAUAAAAGGUGCUCCCCUGGGAGAAGUGGUUAUCGAAAUUUUAAAAGGAAAAUGGGACCAUGAGAGGACAAAGCUAUCCUUGCCACCAUUAAUGAAUCUUUUACUUGGAGAACCAGGAACUGGAGGAUCAUCUACACCAUCAAUGGUAGGUGCUGUUAAAAAAUGGCAGAAAUCUAACCCCGAAAAAUCACAGGAAACAUGGAAAAAGUUGUCAGAGGCUAAUUCUGCACUUGAAACACAGUUAAAUACAUUAUGUAAAUUAGCAGAAGAACACUGGGAUGAAUAUAAGAAACUAAUUAACAGCUGCGGCUCACUUAAACCUGAAAAGGUAUGAAUCGAGCUGCUCUUU